AUGGCCGUGAAUGGAAGUCGAAUAGUAACUAUCUCUCCAUGCGCACCCGCUGCCCCUCCUCCUCCACCUGCGGCCUUCCCGUGCGCGCACUUGCCGUCACCUCGCGUUUCCAGCAUUCGCUUCUGUAGGACACACCUCAGUAGCGCCGGCGGCGGCGGCAGGGACUGUAGAAACCGCGCCCGAUCGAGCCGCAGACGCGCCGCGAUCGUCGCUGGAGCCGCUGCGAAUCGGGUGGGCGGGCAGGGCGGCGGUGAAAGCUUCGAUAACAGUAGCAAUGCCGAUGAACGGCUCAGCGCAGACCGAGAGAAUGCGGACCGAGGCGGCGCGGGCGGAGGCAAUGCGGAGCGCCUGGAGGAUCUAGAGGCCGUGGAUCGCCUCGCGCAAGAGCUGGCCGCCGCCGCAGGAGCAGCGGGAGCGGAGUCGGGAACCCUCGACAGGCGCAGCGCGGCGCAUGAGGCGGAGAAGGCGGAAGCGGAGGCGGAGGAGCAACAAGGGCGGAGGGGCGCGCGGGGGGAGGGGGAUGAUGCGGCGGCGUCGUGGAUCGGGUCGAGUGUGGCGUUCGCGGAGGAGGACGAACAGGGGCGCAAGUACCUCGAGCUGCUGGUUACCAGCGUGCACCGCGUCGACCACGGUACGGCAACCAACCUUCAUUCCCCUUGCCUCUCCCUUCCGCCAUCCUCCUCCGUGCCUCCCCCGCCCCUCCCCCGACCCUCCUCCGUCCCUCCCCUCCCCGUCUCCUCGUGCAACAGGCAUGGUGGUGGGGGUGCUAUGUUCACCGGCCAACAGGGGUCGCCAGUGGAUGCGUGUUGGGAGUUCCCGCUCUUCCUCAACGCCCUCAUCGCUGCUCUUUCCUUGCCCCUCCCCUCCCCUUCCCCCUACCUCCCGUCCGUCCCCUUGUGCAACAGGCAUGGUGGUGGGGGCAUGGUGGUGGGAGUGCUAUGUUCACCAGCCAACAGGGGGCCGCCAGUGGACGCGUGCCGGGAGUUCCCUCUCUUCCUCAACGAUCUCAUCGCCGCGCCCUGCCACGACGCCAUGCAGCGCGGGGGGCUCCCUAACGCGUUGGAGGGGCUAGAGAGGCUCAGCGACAUGGACUUGCAGCGAACGCUGGUGCAUGCUAUUAACGAGGAUAUAGGGGCAGUGUCGUUUGUGCUACUGGAUGAGAAGACUGGGGAGUUCUCACGAGUGGACUCCUCCUUCCCCCAGGCGAUGGCACUGGCGCUGCGGUACCGGCAGCCGCUGCGUGUGGAGCGGUGGUGCAUCCUGGCGUCCAACCGCGACUUCAUAGAGCGCAUGCUGCUCAACCCCAUCGCACGAGAGGCGGAGAACGACGCAUCGCUGCUGGCAGACCUGGCUCAGCGCAUGCGGGAGCUAGAGAUGAGGCCGCAGGAGCUCAAGACCCAGCUAAACUCUGCUAUCAACGCUGAAGAGGUGAGGCGAAACAAAAACUGUCUCCUCCACUCAUUGCCCUCCCCACCCAUCCCCAGUCAUUCCUCGUUCCCAACCACCACCCGACCCCUCUUUCCUCCACAGCAAGAGGAGGCUGCAGGGCUCAAUGCAUCUCUGGUGGCAAUUCAUCCAAUCUGGAGUAUACUUCCACCUACCCCCCCGGACUUCUCCUCGCAGUACGAGAGAGCAGCGCAGCUCAAGGCGGCGCUGGUGGCGGAGGAGCGAGUGGCGGACGCACGCCUCUUCUUUGAAUGCGUCUCCAGAAGCACCCUGCCCCCCACUCCCCCCUUCCCAACUUCUCCCCCGCAGUACGAGAGAGCAGCGCAGCUCAAGGCGGCGCUGGUGGCGGAGGAGCGAGUGGCGGACGCACGCCUCUUCUCCCUGCUCGAAGAAGUCAAGCGCCUCUACCUCGACCGCCUCUCAGUCUUCUUCAAGCUCUAG